UGUGUGUGUGUGGCGGGGGGGGGUCCUAUGGACAAGCAGAGUGUGAUCCACAACAGCUUCUCCGCAAAGUUUUCUUUCUCGGAGCUCAAAACUUAAGAUGGCAAAGGCGCGUCCGCGUGCGGGCGGCCCCUAGUGACCUCCGGCGCGCACCCCCGCGGGAGAAGCCGUUGUUGCCACCGCCCCGGUGCGCCGGAGCCGAGUUCUGCCUCUCCCACCGCGGGAGCUGUUGGAGGCCGCGUCGGAGAAACGCGCCUCUGUUCGGGUUGAAACCAAUCUGGGGACGUGUUUGAAGAGCGGUCAAGUUUGACUCAUCGCUUUCCAAGGACAGUUAGUGCCUUCCAUCUUCAUUAACGUGAAUAAAGACCUUGGCUGCCUUCUGUCCAGAUCCGACUUUUAAAGGCAUUGUUUGCUUGGGGAGAUCAUGCCUCUCCCCUCCCCCUCCAACCACUUUUUUUUUUUUUUUGCAAAGGCCGAGCCCGGUCUAGCCAGGAUGGCCAAAAUAUCUUUGCUCGUGGUCUGCUGGCAUUGACCGCCGCCCCUUUCUGGAAGGCUGUCGCGAGCUGGACGCCUGGGGAGCGUCCCUUCUGCAGCUCCUCUUCAGAUCUGGAUGAUAAAACACAUCCCUCUAUUUUAUUGCAUUUCCUAGAAGCUUGCAGGCUUGCAAGUCUGCUGUUGGCAGGAAGUGUGAUAGAAAUGAAAGUCAGGACAUAAUGUCCCUGAACACCUCCUCGGUCACCCAAAGCGACUGCCGAGGCUAUCGCGUUAUCAAAUUCACUUUCAUCUACUGUCUUCCUACCCCCUCCCCCCCCCACCCACUCCAACCAAGAGCGCGAGGAGUGUUUCUCCCCUAAAACAGAAACAACUCGGCGGUUUGACCUGCCACCUCCAGAUCACCAUGGCUAGACCUGAGCCGCUCAUUAGCUGAGAAGCAGCGGAGAAAGGGAGCACUCCGGCAGGAGCCCUGAUGCGGGUUCUACUGCGUCAGCUCCAGCCUUAUUAAAAUCCCUUAUUAAAAGUCCUUGCUCCCUAAAUAGUGCUUUGCACUUCCAGAUUCUCCUUUGGAUUUCUCAGCGAGUUAUUGGAGUUAUUAGAUUACCAAUAAUCCAGCACCCGAGCGGGAUAGAGAAGGGGGAAGGGCGGAAGGCAUUCUCCAAAUCCGGAGACUGUGUCUAAACUAGGUCAAUGGGAAGGAGGGGCGGGGCGACGCGGAGCUGUCGGUUUUAAGCCUUGAUGGAGGGCUCUCUCUAGUGUUAGGCAGCGGUAAAACAUCAUUCGGUUUGAGCUCCCGGAACCACGGGACUCCUAAUUUCCAAUAAAUGCAUUUACUUAAUUUUAGCUUCCUUUCCUAGAUUCUCACCCCAUCCCAUAUUAAAUUUCAGCCUUCGCUUUUACCUUUAUCCCACCGGGCGAAGGGAUGAGAAAGUGGGACUUGAUGAAGCCAAAGAGGCCCAGUCUUUCCUGACCCCGCCUCCACUUGCUGAUGUGAUGCGCGCCGCAGUGUGACGCUACCCGCCAGUUUUAGGACUGGAUUGCGGCCUUACAGGCUGCGUCUUUCGCGCCCCCGCUUCCCCCACUCCCCACCCUCGCCCCCCAAAAGUGCCUCUCGGAGCCGGAUACUGAGACCGGUUAGGCGAUGGCGCCCUGGGAUUAUAAUUCCGAGGAAGGCCACGCGAGGGCGAGGGGACCUUGGAGCGCGCCCAGGAACGCGCAAGGGUUGGCGCCAAGGCCCCUGCCGAAUCCCGACCUUUUCUCCUUGGUUUCGGAGAAAUCGGAUUCGGAAAUUCCGAAAUCGGGCCAGGUUCGGCCUGGUAGCUCCUAUUCUAAAGACCUGGGGCGGAAACCGAGCUGGGUUCCCCUUCUUGCCAACGUAGGCGGAAGGGGCUUUCGGUUUAGUUUUCCUCCAACUCGUGUGGGGCGUGCUGGUUGGAGACCCCCAGCCCUGGGGACUCCAUCUUUUCGACCUUGAGGCCUCGCCUAAUCACUCCCUUUAAAACAGGGAGCGCGCGGGGGGUGGGGGGGGGGGAGAAGCACAAUGAGAGAGAGAGAAGGAAAAAAAAAAGACACACCAGGCAAACAAACACCGGAAUUGGGCAACUUGAAGUCAUGAAAUAAGCCUGGGAUUGGAUCCGAAAUCCUGGGUUCUGGACCGGCUGUGCCUGACUUUCCCCAUUUAUAAAACAGUUGUGGGGGAAGGGUUGGACUAGGUGACCUGUAAGAGUCCUGGACCGCGAGCGGACGAGGUAUUUAGGGGAAAGUGUACCGUAUUCCCCGCGAGCCUCCCCGGGUGCCCCCCACCCUCCCCCCAAGCCGGGUGAAUCCCCGGCGGCCCGCGCGGCGCGGGCUGCGAUCCUGGCGGCCGUCGGGGCCGGCAGCUUCCUGGAAAGUUACUUCUCGUUGGAGCCGGAGAUAGGCAGAGAGUGUUCUGUGAAAUCCGCUGAGUUGAGAUCGACUAGGUUCCGGGAAUGAGAGGGCUGUGCCAUUCCCCUCACUGCCCCCUGCCUUGACGGCGUAACAGGGAAAAAAGAAAAAAAAAAAAAAAAAAAAAAAGAACAAGGCACACAUAAUGUUAGCUACCGAGGUGCACGAAAAGUUUUAUUUGAAUGGAACCAAAUUAAGGGCCGCCACCGGGGUACCGCGGCGCCUGCGGGGGCUUCGAGGUGGACGGGCCGCCGUGCAGGCAGCACGCCCGGGGGUGGGCGGUCCCUGGCAGACAGGUACGGUGAUGGGGGUGGUGGGUGAAUCGGCGGAUCUGCGCGGGCUUGCCCCGGCCGCAGGGCUCGAGUUUGUGCCCUGGUGUGUGAGCAAGAGACGGGGGAUGCUUCUGGAGGCGGGAGGGAAAGGAUGGGGUCUUUCGUACUGGCUGGCUUCGCUCUUCUCAUCUCUUGUCUGUCUCCCUCUCCUUUCUGCUGUCUUCUUUCUCUUUGCCUUUUUUUUUUUUUUCUUGAGGGGGAGUUCCCUCUUUUUUCUUUUUCAAACCCUUUAAAGGAUCUGUCUUCUCGAGGUGCUUCAUUGAAAAUACACAGGGAAAGCGCCUAAAAAGAGAAAGUGUGUGGGGGUGGGAAAGACCACGUUUAACUCUCACUUGGUGGUUAUUGCGGCUGGGGCUGGGCUGGGGUCGGGAGAGUCCAGGUCUGGGCCCUUGCAGAUGUCAGUUUCUCCUUGACAGCUCUGCGCUCUUGGUUGUUUCUGUAAAACGAGGAAUCUUGUGUUUGGCAUUGGUGGGAUGGCUGAAGCUAGUAGACAGGGUUUGUCCUGGGCUUUGCUUGGACUUAGUUCUGAGAUCUUGGGCAAGACUUAUCCCCUGGAGCCUCAGUGUCCUCCCAGUAAAUGGGGGCUGUUGUAAGGAUCAGAGACAAUAAUGGAUGGAAAAGAGCUGAGUGGUCUGUGAAAAACAAACCAAAUGCUAGUGGUGCUCCCACACCUGCAAGCAUCUAGGGGGUGGCAGCGUUGCCCACAUCCACCAUAACCCACAUACUUACUAGUUUCGGGGGCUCCUAAGACAAAGCUAGCUUAGAAAGGAGUGGACCAAAUAAGGACAGGGGCCUUAGUGUCUGUCUGUGCAUUGUUUUUGGUCAAUCCAGGACUAGAGGUUUACAGUGAAAAGUGCCAGAGUCUAGGGCCUGGCUGAUGGUGGACCCAGGGGGAUUGUUUUGUUUGUUUGUUUCAUUCCGCAUCUGGAGUGAGUCAUUGCCACUUGUCAAGGUGAAGUGGCAAAUCUGGGCUUCCUGUGGUUCCAAAAGUCUGUGACUGGAAAUCCACAAGCGAGAUGGUGGUUGAAGCUGAUUCAAGGGCAGCCUCAGGUAUUCCAGAAGUGUUGAGGGAUCCCUUCCAUGGGGGAGGAGGAGAAGGUUUAUAAAUAAACCUCACAUGUGUCUUCAGCAUUUGUUUUCUAAGGAGACUAUCAUCGCACUUUGGUUAGGACCCAUUCAGUAUAUCUCUGUUUGCCCAUCUUGAGUUAGGAUGGGGAGAGGAGGAAAUAGGUUCUUUGGUCUUUUUCUAUCCUCUCCCUUCCCCCAUUUCCUUCCCCCACCCCCACUCACUCACAUGCACACAUUAACCUUGAAGCCGAUGAGAUUGAGUGACUGGCACUUGGGAACCACAGAGAAAUGUCAGAGUGUUUGGUUACAGACUCAAGGAAACCUCUCAUUUUAGAGUGCUCAUUUGGUUUUAAGCAAAAUUUUGGACUGUGACUCAAGACAUUGGGUGAAGAAAAAAAUGGCCUCGCCGGCUGAUAGCUGUAUCCAGUUCACCCGCCACGCGAGUGAUGUUCUUCUCAACCUUAAUCGCCUCCGGAGCCGUGACAUCUUGACUGAUGUUGUCAUAGUUGUGAGCCGGGAGCAAUUUAGAGCCCAUAAGACGGUCCUCAUGGCCUGCAGUGGGCUGUUCUACAGCAUCUUCACAGACCAGUUGAAAUGUAACCUCAGUGUGAUCAAUCUGGAUCCUGAGAUCAACCCAGAGGGGUUCUGCAUCCUCUUGGACUUCAUGUACACAUCUCGGCUCAACCUGCGGGAGGGCAACAUCAUGGCCGUGAUGGCCACAGCUAUGUACCUGCAGAUGGAGCAUGUUGUGGACACUUGCCGGAAGUUCAUCAAGGCCAGUGAAGCAGAGAUGGUUCCUGCCAUUAAGCCUCCCCGUGAAGACUUCCUGAACAGCCGGAUGCUGAUGCCCCAAGACAUCAUGGCCUAUCGGGGCCGCGAGGUGGUGGAGAACAGCCUGCCCCUGAGGAACGCCCCUGGCUGUGAGAGCAGGGCCUUCGCCCCCAGCCUGUACAACGGCCUGUCCACACCGCCAGCCUCGUACCCCAUGUACGGCCACCUUCCGGUCAGCAGCUUCCUCUUCUCCGACGAGGAGCUGCGGGAUGCCCGGAUGCCUGUGGCCAACCCCUUCCCCAAGGAGCGGACCCUCCCCUGCGACAGCGCCAGGCCAGUCCCCAGCGAGUACAGUCGGCCGGCCAUGGAGAUUUCCCCCAGCGUGUGCCACAGCAGCAUCUACUCGCCCAAGGAGGCAGCCCCGGAGGAAGCGCGGAGUGACGUGCACUACAGUGUGGCCGAGGGCCCCAAGCCUGCUGCCCCCUCGGCCCGGGGCGGCCCGUACUUCCCCUGUGACAAGGCCAGCAAGGAGGAAGAGAGGCCCUCCUCGGAGGACGAGAUUGCCCUGCACUUUGAGCCCCCCAGUGCGCCCCUGAACCGGAAGGGUCUGGUUAGCCCGCAGAGCCCGCAGAAGUCUGACUGCCAGCCCAAUUCGCCCACGGAGUCCUGCAGCAGCAAGAACGCCUGCAUCCUUCAGACCUCUGGGUCCCCUCCGGCCAAGAGCCCCACCGACCCCAAAGCCUGCAACUGGAAGAAGUACAAGUUCAUCGUGCUCAACAGCCUCAACCAGAACGCCAAACCAGAGGGGCCCGAGCCGGCUGAGCUCGGCCGCCUUUCCCCUCGAGCCUAUACUGCCCCGCCGGCCUGCCAGCCGCCCAUGGAGCCCGAGACCCUUGACCUCCAGUCCCCAACGAAGCUCAGCACCAACGGGGAGGACUCCACCAUCCCACAGGCCAGCCGGCUCAAUAACAUUGUCAACAGGUCCCUCACCGGCUCCCCCCGCAGCAGCAGCGAGAGCCACUCGCCGCUCUACCUGCACCCCCCCAAGUGCACGUCCUGCGGCUCGCAGUCCCCGCAGCACGCGGAGAUGUGUCUCCACGCGGCCGGCCCCACGUUCCCCGAGGAGCUGGGGGAGACCCAGUCUGAGUACUCGGAUUCCAGCUGUGAGAAUGGGGCCUUCUUCUGCAAUGAGUGUGACUGCCGCUUUUCUGAGGAGGCCUCCCUCAAGAGGCACACGCUACAGACCCACAGUGACAAACCCUACAAGUGUGACCGCUGCCAGGCCUCCUUCCGCUACAAAGGCAACCUCGCCAGCCACAAGACCGUCCAUACGGGUGAGAAACCCUACCGUUGUAACAUCUGCGGGGCCCAGUUCAACCGGCCAGCCAACCUGAAAACCCACACCCGAAUUCACUCUGGAGAGAAGCCCUACAAAUGCGAAACAUGCGGAGCCAGAUUUGUCCAGGUGGCCCACCUCCGCGCCCAUGUGCUCAUCCACACCGGCGAGAAGCCCUAUCCCUGUGAAAUCUGUGGCACCCGUUUCCGGCACCUUCAGACGCUCAAGAGCCACCUGCGGAUCCACACGGGAGAGAAACCUUACCAUUGCGAGAAGUGUAACCUGCAUUUCCGUCACAAAAGCCAGCUGCGUCUUCACUUGCGCCAGAAGCACGGCGCCAUCACCAACACCAAGGUGCAGUACCGCGUGUCCGCCACUGACCUGCCCCCGGAGCUCCCCAAAGCCUGCUGAAGCAUGGAGUGUUGAUGCUUUCCAUUGGAGCCCCUUCUCAGAAUCUACCCAAAGGAUACUGUAACACUUUACAAUGUUCAUCCCAUGAUGUAGUGCCUCUUUCAUCCACUAGUGCGAAUCAUAGCUGGGGGGGAGGGGGUGGGGGGAGGGGCGGGGGGAGGGGAGUCAAGGCAGCUUCCCUUCCCCCACGGCCGUAAAACAUUAAGAAAAUAAUAAUGCUUCUUCUCCUAUGUGUAAGGCGAACCAUGUCAGCAAAAAGCAAAAUUUUCAUUUUAUAUAUCGAAGCUGGGGGAGUAUGCAAAAGUUCUGACUUGACUUAGUCUGCAAAAUGAGGAAUGUAUAUGUUUUGUGGGAUCAGAUGUUUCUUUUGUAUGUAAAUGUGCAUUCUUUUAAAAGAAGAGACUUCGGUAUGUUAUCAAAGAGAGGGCUUUAAUUUUUUUAACCAAAGGUGAAGGAAUAUAUGGCAGAGUUGUAAAUAUAUAAAUAUAUAUAUAUAUAAAAUAAAUAUAUAUAAACCUAAAAAAGAUAUAUUAAAAAUAUAAAACUGUGUUAAAGGCUCGAUUUUGUAUCUGCAGGCAGACACGGAUCUGAGAAUCUUUAUUGAGAAAGCACUUAAGAGAAUAUUUUAAGUAUUGCAUCUGUAUAAGUAAGAAAAUAUUUUGUCUAAAAUGCCUCAGUGUAUUUGUAUUUUUUUGCAAGUGAAGGUUUACAAUUUACAAAGUGUGUAUUAAAAAAAAAAAGAACAAAAAAAGCUGCGGAAGGAAAAAUGUGUAGUUUUGUUCUAGUUUUCGGUUUGUAUAUACCUGUACAACGUGUCCUACGGUGCCUUUUUUCAUGGAAGUUUUCAACGGGGGACGACUGCGCCAUCCCUUUUGGAAGUGUAGGCAGACACAGGGACUUGGAGUUGUCACUAACUAAGCUCUCUUUGGGAAUGUUUGUCUCAUCCCAUUCUGCGUCAUGCUUGUGUUAUAACUACUCCGGAGACAGGGUUUGGCUGUGUCUAAACUGCAUUACCGCGUUGUAAAAUAUAGCUGUACAAAUACAAGAAUAAAACGUUGAAAAGUCAA